CGGCACCGGCGGCAGAGGCGACAGAGCCGAGGGGACUUCGUUGGGGGGCGCACCGGGUGUUCCAGCAAGAGGAGCGUGACCCGGAAGCGGAAACGGGUCCCCGUCCCGUCUCCGGUAGGCCUCACAUCUGUCUCAAGCUUGUCAGUGGGCUCCUACUACCAUGGACCUUUUGUUCGGGCGCCGGAAGACGCCAGAGGAACUGCUGCGGCAGAACCAGCGGGCCCUGAACCGUGCCAUGCGGGAGUUGGACCGCGAGCGACAGAAGCUAGAGACCCAGGAAAAGAAAAUCAUUGCAGACAUCAAGAAGAUGGCUAAGCAGGGCCAGAUGGAUGCUGUGCGCAUUAUGGCAAAAGACCUGGUGCGCACCCGGCGCUACGUGCGCAAGUUUGUGUUGAUGCGGGCCAACAUCCAGGCUGUGUCCCUCAAGAUCCAGACACUCAAGUCAAACAACUCAAUGGCACAAGCCAUGAAGGGUGUCACCAAGGCCAUGGGCACCAUGAACAGACAGCUGAAAUUGCCCCAGAUUCAGAAGAUCAUGAUGGAGUUUGAGCGGCAGGCAGAGAUCAUGGACAUGAAGGAGGAGAUGAUGAACGAUGCCAUCGAUGAUGCCAUGGGUGACGAGGAAGAUGAAGAGGAGAGUGAUGCUGUCGUGUCCCAGGUCCUGGAUGAGCUGGGACUGAGCCUGACAGACGAGCUGUCAAGUGAGUGCUCCAAAAAGGAGGUUCCACUUCCCACCCACAGCCCAGCAACAGGCAGACUCUCCCUCUGCCUACAUUACUUCCCUGUUUUCCUACCCCCACCCUUUCUCCCUACAGACCUCCCCUCAACUGGAGGCUCACUCAGUGUGGCUGCUGGUGGGAAAAAAGCAGAGGCUGCGGCCUCAGCCCUGGCUGAUGCUGAUGCAGACCUGGAGGAGCGGCUUAAGAACCUGCGGAGGGACUGACUGCCCCCACCACUCCAGGGGUACCAGUGGAUGCCCAGAUUGUUACCAAGACUGCUCUGUAAUAAAAGAAAUUGAACACUA